CAUGCACAAUUAUUGGACCACCAAAUUCACACACUCUUUAUUUUCUUCAACAUGAAAACCCAUAACCCUACCAAGCUCAAAACCUCACCAAAUCACCUCUUUUCUUGCGGUUUCUUCCGCCGCUGUACUCAAACCGUUCUCAGCCCUACUACCACCGCACCACCCACCCUCCCCAUUUCACUUUCCGACGACCUACCGGAGCCAACUCCGUUACCAUUACCGCCGCCUCCGGCGAGUUCAUCGGAGUCUUCAUCAUCUUCUAAUACUUCACAGAGUUUCACUCAAUGGAGGUUUCCAUUACACACUAAUUACACACAAGAACGCCCACCAAGAGAAGAUAUGCAGAUAACGAAAGUUAAACCUCCGGUUGUGUGCACUAAUUUGGAGGAGUUAUUCCACGUGGCGGAAUUACAGUUGACUACUUGUUCCGACUUGGACAAGGUUGUAUUUAUGAUCCUUUUUUUUUAACAAUUUGUUAGUCAAAAUGAAAAUAGAAUAGGUAUUUAAAUUGUGAUAAUAGUUGGAUUUUUUCCGAAAUUUUUGUUUUAUAAGCCUAUAAAUAUGCAUGUUUAAUGAGGAGCAUACAAUCAACUAGUUCAACUCUACUAGCAUUCUCGACACGAAUUUUAUAUACAUAAAAAUGAGCAAAUUUUUUAAAAAAUAUUGAACUUUAAAUCUAUAAUUUAAAAAAAUAUAUUCUUGCUAAUAACAGUUCGAAAGUUAAACCCUUUAAAUUUAAAUUCU